GUCAACCACACCAAAAGUGUAUUCCGCAAAGAUGUCUCAUUAUUGUGAUGAAUUUGGUGCGUGAAACUUUACCUCGCACGGGCUGGUAGAAUUUCGUGUCGCGGCCCUAUUGUGUUCAUCGUUCCUCGCCCAGUGGUUUUCACGUUUGGAACUGCAUUGCGAGGGUGCUAGCAUUGUCGAACAGCGUCGCGGCUACCGAGACAAACCAGUGAAAAGAUUGUUGUUGUUUACAAAGUGCAACGUUUCGAUUCCGCGAUACACGCAGUCAGCACUGUGCAGUGUGUGGCACGGAAAUUGUGCAUUUGCCUCAAAAUAGUUAGUUAAUAAAUCGUGUCCCAGACCAAGAAAUUGUGUGAGUGGCGGUUUUCAGAUGCAUAAGGUCCGUUUGGUGUAGUGUUCCGGAGUGCGGUAGUGGUCAGUGGCUGGUGCUGUUGGGUUUGUUGUGGGUCAGAGCGGAAGGGUGUUGCCUUUCGUAUCGGGCCAGCGUGCGCGGUGUGGUAUGGUGUGGUGCUGCAGCAUUCGUUGCAGUGGUGAGUGGUCGUGAGUGGUGCGGGAAAGGUGGUCAUGGUGCAGAAAGAAAGCUUAAAAAACGGGGUCAUCCUUCAGUCAGCGACUUCCACCCUAUCGGUGCACUGCGGAAGCUGUGAAAAGCGGGUCAGCUAGUGGAAAAAUAGAGCGCCCGAAAAAAAAGAAGAAGUGCCUUGCACUGUCUCGUGUGCGUGAGUGUGUGUUUGUUUUCGGGAAAAAGGGUGUGUUUGUGUGAGCGUGUGUGUGUGUGUGCAUGGUGGAAACGGCCACACGGGUAGAACACUUUGACAAAGGCCCGCGUGCCAGAAGCUGGAUACGUAUGAGCGCCCUGGCAGCGGAAGUAGCUUGGUAAAGCUGGGCCACCACCACCACCACCCCCACCCAUCGUUGUGCCGGUGCUGGUCGCAAACUCAUGGAGAAAGUUGCUGUCUUGGCGGGUGGUCACGCAAACAGCACGAGGAGAAGCAGUGGUGGCAGCAGCCAAGCAGCCGCGCGGGAAAGGAUGUCGCGUCGUAAGAAUCUUGCCGGCCUGUGUGCGGCCACCGUCGUCUUCAUACUGGUGGUGUACGCCAGCCAGCGGUACACGUCCAACAGUUACGGCACGGAAUACUUCCGGCCCCGGGAACGUCCGGCCAAUCUGCGAAUGCUCAACUCUCACAAGUACUACGGGUCACGAUCGUACGGUGGAGCGGCGGGUGGCGGAGCCGGUGGAGCAGGCACCUCGUACGACACGUAUCCACCGAUGCCAACGGCGCACAACUCCACCAUCAGCAUCGAGGACGUGCUAAGCUAUCAGCGGGCACUGAUAGCGGCCGAAUGUACCGACAGUUCCUACGGCGAGCGAAAGCUUCCGGACGGGUUGACGCUCGAGACGGGCGGUAAGCCGACGCGCAGCCUCAUCAUCACCACCUGGCGUUCCGGGUCCACGUUCCUCGGCGACAUACUGAACGCGCUGCCCGGCAACUACUACCACUACGAGCCGCUGCUCGACUUUGACAUCGUGCAGAUCCGCGGCCCACCGAACGAUAGUGUGGCGCUGCACAAUCUGCGCCAUUUGCUGCACUGCGACUACGGCGAGAUGGAGAACUACCUCGACUUUGGCCGGACGCACAACUAUCUGUUCAGCCACAACACGCGGCUCUGGCAGCAGUGCGUACGGUUUCCCCAGUUUUGCUACGAGCCCCGCUUUCUGGGACCGUUCUGCCGGUUGUUUCCGCGCCAAAGCAUGAAGGUGGUACGGUUGCGUGCCGCGCUUGUGACGCCCCUGCUCGAGGAUGAAAGCCUUAAUGUACGUGUGGUGCUGCUAAUACGAGAUCCACGGGGGUCAAUGCAGUCGCGAAAGCAUCGUGUCUGGUGUCCCGGACGGCCGGACUGUGAUGAUCCCAGCACGGUCUGCAGUGAUAUGCAGCUCGACUAUGAGGCGGCCAUUGAGCUAAGCCAGCGUUUUCCACGAAGGUUUCGGGUUGUGCGGUACGAGGACCUGUCGCUGAAUCCGUACAAGAUGACCAAAGAAAUACUGCAGUUCUACGGGCUUCCAUACCAUCCGGAGGUGAAGAUGUUUCUCGACACGCACACCAAGCAGGACGUCGGUGGCGUUAGCUCCACGUAUCGCGACUCCAAAUCGGCCCCCUUUCACUGGACGAAGGAUCUCACGUUCGAUGAGGUAAAAAUCAUACAGGACAGCUGCGUGUCGGCGAUGCGAAGCUGGGGCUACCGGAAUGCUACCAGCGAGCGGGAACUGUACGACAACUUUAACCCACUGCUACCGUACAGCGUUUCGUGAGACUUCGACACUUCGAUUGGGGCGUGCUGCUGCUAUCGUGCAUCGGUGAGCUGCAAGUUGUCACAGCAAGUACGAGCAGAAGACGCAUGCAUUAUCACGAAGAGAAAAGCAAUGCCAAACAAUGCAUAUAAAAAAAGGAAGGAAGGAAAACAAUGUAGCAUCUGUGAUUUAAGAAAAAUAGAUUGAACGACGCGACGUUCGGCUACGCGAAGCAGGAGGACAACGACGGUGCACACGCACCGGGACGACGGUUUUGGUUUCAAAUUGUUUAUCAGCCAGUCAGGCUAGUUACUACGGUAAGCAUUGAGCGCUUGAUUUUAUAGAGACAUAAGGACCGAAGAAACGCAUGAUAGGUUUACGCUAAGCGAUACGUUGCCCGGGUGUGUAUUAGCAGGUAUUAGGUUUUGGGUUUUACGUUCGUUUCGCAAGACUGGAAGCUGCUGUUUUGCCUUCUCAACUUGAUCCAGUAGAACUAAUAGUAGUAGCAGAGCAGACAUCCUUACCACCAUCGGUAGCAAGCAUUUUACAUAGGCCACGGUGCAACAACUCGCAGGCAAUAGAAGGGACAAAUCGCUACGGUAGGUCGGUUCGAUAGCAAAUAGAGGUUUAAAUUGAACACUCACACACACACACAAAAGCAAAUGCAUAGUAUUAUCAAAAAUAGGAGGAAGGAAACCUGGCGCCUAGCCUAUCACGAAGCUCACGGGGUAGAUGGGAUGAGUAGAGAUCGAGCGACCGGGCGCGCACGCUCGAACGCGCGAAACGACCGGCCGUUUGUUGAGCUGUCGAGCAGCAGCCCAUUCACUUAGAGUGCCUUUUUUUGCUGUUUCACUACUGAACUAUUCACUAACCGGUUAGUAAGUACAUUUAACGGUAAAACAAAAAGAAAGCGAGCAUAUAAACACACAUACCAACACACCCACAUACAAUCACUCUAUUCAAUCACUCUUGUAGAGCCUAGUUAUAUAUACAUUUAGUAACUAAAAUAGAUGCGAACAGAUGUCCCCGGGCGUGUCCUUCCGGUGGCACGCCGGCGCGAGCUACUUUCAAUCUUUCUAUAUCCACUCCGUUCCUUACGAUCCCGGAAGGAUCGGGUUAGAGUGUAACGCGGUGUUCGCAGAUACUUAAUGAAUUGCAAUGCUGAUGUAAAGUAAUAAUGUAGUUGCGUUAAAGAACAAAAAAACAAAACACUCACACACCCCACACAUACACACACACGGUCGUUUGUAGUUUCGCUCUUUACUACAAGCGCGGCAAAUUUAGUGAGCGAAUCCGUGCGAAGAUAAGGAAGGCGAGGAAUUCUGAUUUGCGUGAUAUUAUUGCGUACGGUUAUGUGGAUUAUGUUAUUGUCUCUCUUAAAAAAAAUUAGCGCCCGAGCCCCCAUGCUUUCCGAUUGCGUGCGUCACGUGUGUGAUGGACGGCGGGGUUUCGUUUUAAUUAAUUCAAUUAAUUGAAGUAACGCAAUGGAACGCGAUGGAAGAAGAAAAAAGCAAGCAUUACCUUUUCAUUAUGGCCAAAAUUUAGUUAUUUAUUAUUAGAGAAGAAAAAACAGUGGAUAAAAACGAGAGUUCCCCAAUUUCAAACCACCAUAUCCUAGGUGCGGCGUUACAGCGUAACGGCGUAACGGCGUUACUUUCAAAUGCACGACGACACACGUGGUUUAGGAAACGGUCCUAACGGUCGCAGUAGGCUAUGUGUUGUGUUUUUUUUUUGUUUACAAAAGUAUGUAAUGCGUGCGUGUACGCAAAACCAACAGUUCCUUUUUCGUUUCAGUUUCGUUGUUUUUCGUUUGCGAUUGAUAAUAUAUGAACUAAACACUAAAAAAAAAAAUGGAAACCGCACGACGACGUGUAUUUCAAUGGAAUUGAUAUAGGUAAUAGAACAAAUCGGAGGCGAAAUUUUGAAUUUUGAACAAAGUUGCUGGCGGACACUGCUCAAGAACAAACCGAUCAAAUAAAGUAAGAUUAAUUUAAC